GAAAAUCAGGUGGUCCAAAUACUUGCUUACAGUAACUUCCUCGUGUUUCUUUGUUCUCACUUCUCAGACAAAACCGAGAUAACGAGUUUCCUCUCUCUCUCUCUCUCUCUCUCUCUCUCUCUACGAAACACGGUCUCAGUUGCCGGAUAAGCAGAUUCGCUGACCAAAAACCAGAUAAAAACCCUAGAAUUCCCCUUCAAUCCUCGUGAAAGCUCUAUUCUUUUCAUGGCUUCCGCCACGGCAACGUGCUCUCCGAGCUCGCUCCAGCUCCGCUUCGCUCUCAACUCCGGGAAUUGCCGAAAACCCCCUGUGCUUCUUGUUCGUGGACAAUUAUGGAAGCAGAAUCGUUGCGCUCGCUCGCUUUUUCCCUCUCAAGGCGGAGCGACGAAUGGGAGUGGACCUGAACGACGUCGUAACGGAGUUUCGUGGAUCAGGUCUGAUUCCGCCGCCGAUGGAUUCUCCGGAUGGUCCAGUACGGACGGAGGAGAAGAGUCAGCGGACUCUGAAAGGAAGAAAUGGCUUGGAGGGGUUGUGGGAACAGGAUUAGCGGGAAUCCUUCUUGCUGCUGGGCUUACAUUUGCGGCAUUAUCUUUGGGAAAACGAGGCAAUUCUGGGGCAAAACAUAUGGAGCCCUUGACAACGCAGGAAGAAGAGUCAUUGUUGGAUAAAAGUGAUAACGGUGGGGGAAAUGAGAACGAAGGCCACAGUGUGAAACAAGAAGAUGCUGGUGGUCCGGAUGGCAGGACAGGUACUUAUAAGGAUUCUUCUUCAUCUUCAGAAUUUGUUGAUAUUCCCAGUGAAAAUAGAGUUGGUAAUGAUUCUGUAGUUGGGGAUGUUUCGGUAGAUGAUGUUAAAUCCACAUCCUAUAAUAAUGAUGCCACCAACAAUGUUUCCAUUCAAGAAGAUUUGCAACAUGAGUUGAGUUUUGAUGAUAAGUCAGUUGCAGCUGAAACAGCCCAAAAUUCAUAUAAUCCUUUUAAGUCAGAGAAUGGCAAUGAUUCAUCUGUUGCGUCUGAUUUUAAAGAUUUGGAUGGAAACUCUGCUGUAGGUACAUCAGAGUUAGUUACUGAUCUCAAAGAUAGCCCAGUCGAUCUUGGAUCAACCAACUUGUCUGUUUCUGAUGCGAUUCCAUCUGAUAUUAGCCCUGAAUUUCAGGAUGUAAGUGCUGAUUCAGGCAGAGAUCAAACUUCUGAUCAUAGUUCCAUUUCCCAUGUACCAGAUGAGCCUGUGGCUCCAAAUGUGCCAUCUAGUUCACAGUCCAAUACGGUUUUAGAACCACAAAUUGCUUCCAAAUCCAGUAUAGAGACUAUACCCUCAUCUCCAGCCAAUGAAAAUUUUGAGCCACAGGAUAUCUCACAGGUCGAAGUUGAGGAAAAUAGUUUAACUGUGGAAACACAUAGCUUAAGUGAAGGUGGGUCAUCGGGAACAUCUGUGUCUGCAUCAGCAUAUUCAUUACAAAAUGAACAGUUUUCAAAAAUUUACAAUGAGAUCAAUAGAAGCACAACAGAAUCACCAAAACCUGGGACCUCAUUUUCUUCUGCUGGCAUUCCUAAAAAAAUUCCUGCUCCAUCUGUGGUUUUCUCAGCUCUACAGGUGCUUCCUGGAAAAGUGUUAGUUCCUGCAGUUAUUGAUCAGGUUCAGGGGCAGGCUCUGGCAGCAUUGCAAGUGCUAAAGGUCAUUGAGUCUGAUGUACAACCUAGUGAUUUGUGUACACGUCGUGAAUAUGCUCGUUGGUUAGUGUCUGCAAGCAGUGCUCUUUCAAGGAACACAAUAUCUAAAGUGUAUCCGGCAAUGUACAUAGAGAAUGUAACGGAGCUUGCAUUUGACGAUAUUACUCCGGAAGACCCUGAUUUUGCAUCUAUUCAAGGUUUGGCCGAAGCUGGACUUAUCUCAAGCAAGCUUUCAAGAGGUGAUAUGCUUUCUUCUACAGAUGAAGACCAGGGUCCAUUGUUCUUCUCUCCUGAAAGCCCUCUAUCACGUCAGGAUCUUGUAAGUUGGAAGAUGGCCCUAGAGAAAAGACAUCUCCCUGAAGCUGACAGAAAGGCACUCUAUGAACUUUCCGGCUUUAUAGACACUGAUAAAAUACAUCCAGAUGCAUGUCCUGCACUUGUUGCUGACCUGUCUGCUGGAGAACAGGGAGUUAUAGCUCUCGCAUUUGGCUACACAAGACUUUUUCAGCCAGAUAAGCCUGUGACUAAGGCCCAAGCUGCUAUUGCUCUAGCCACUGGGGAGGCUUCUGACACAGUUAGCGAGGAGCUUGCACGUAUUGAAGCAGAAUCUAUGGCUGAAAAUGUUGUUGCUGCUCAUAGUGCUUUAGUAGCUCAAGUCGAGAAGGAUGUCAAUGCAAGUUUUGAGAAGGAACUUUUGAUAGAGAGGGAAAAGAUAGAUGCUGUGGAGAAAAUGGCAGAAGAAGCAAGGCGUGAAUUGGAAAGGUUAAGAGCUGAAAGAGAGGAAGAUAAUAUUGUCUUAGUGAAGGAACGAGCAGCUAUUGAAUCAGAAAUGGAAGUGCUGUCAAGGUUAAGACGUGAGGUGGAGGAACAGUUGCAGAGUCUUAUGAGUAACAAAGUGGAAAUAUCAUAUGAAAAGGAAAGAAUUAGCAAACUACGGAAAGAAGCAGAGGAAGAAAGCCAGGAAAUUGAACGCUUACAAUAUGAACUAGAGGUUGAGCGAAAAGCUUUGUCCAUGGCCAGAGCUUGGGCUGAGGAUGAGGCAAAAAGAGCAAGAGAACAAGCCAAAGCACUCGAUGAGGCUAGAGAUCGCUGGGAGAGGCAUGGGAUCAAGGUUGUCGUUGACAACGACCUCCGUGAAGAAUCCUUGGCCGGAGUUACAUGGGUCGAUGCCAGCAAGCAGUUCUCGGUUGAUGAAACAAUUAGCAGGGCUGAAAACUUGACGGACAAGCUCAAGGCAAUGGCAGUAGAUGUAAGAGGGAAAUCCAGAGAUAUACUUAAUAGGAUCAUUCAAAAGAUAGCUCUGCUGAUAGCAAGUUUGAAGGAAUGGGCAUCCAAGGCUGGGAAAAAGGCAGAAGAUCUAAGAGACACCGCCAUUUCGAAGGCCAGUGAAUCAACACAAAAGUUGCAGCAGAGCACCUCUGAGGUUAGCUUGGCCAUCAAAGAAGGCGCAAGGCGAGUCGCGGGAGAUUGUAGGGAUGGAGUCGAGAAACUCACCCAAAAGUUCAUAAAGACAUGAAUGGUCUCUCCCGCUUGUCGUCUCUCCCUUAUUUGCUGGCUAGAGUAGGCGGCUACCGUCUCCCCUCC